AUGGGCAAGGUUUGCGCCAUUUUUGGAGGAUCCCGAGGAAUAGGAAAAGCUGUUGCAGAAUUACUGGCACAGAAAGGCUGCCGCCUGGCGAUCAUUGCGAGAAAUCUGGAAGUAGCCCAAACCACUGCACGUAAUCUUGGUGCAGGACAUCUGGCCCUUAGCUGUGAUGUAUCCAGCGAACAAGAAGUCCAAAAAACUUUUGAGGAGAUGCAGAGGAAUUUAGGUCCUAUUAACUACUUGGUUAAUGCAGCUGGGAUCAACAGGGAUAGUUUGUUACUGAGAACCAAAACUGAAGAUAUGAUAGCCCAGAUUCACACUAACCUUUUGGGAACAAUGUUGACAUGCAAAGCUGCUGUAAAAAGCAUGAUUCAACAACAGGGAGGUGCUAUUGUCAAUAUAGGAAGUGUUGUAGGACUUAAAGGCAACUCUGGUCAAAGUGUAUACAGUGCUACCAAAGCAGGAUUAGUUGGAUUUUCACGCUCCCUUGCUAAAGAAGUAGCAAAAAAGCAAAUUCGAGUCAAUGUGGUUGCUCCAGGCUUUAUUCACACAGAGAUGACUGCUCAUUUGGAAGAAGAUCAGUUGAAGAAAGCAAUUCUCCUUGGAAGAUUUGGAGAGCCUCAUGAAGUUGCACAAGCUGUUGUCUUUCUUCUGGAGUCCCCUUAUGUUACAGGGAGUACUCUAGUUGUAGAUGGAGGCUUGCAGCUUCUGACUUAAAUACUACCUUGAAUAAGUACCUACUUCAAUGUCAUGAUACUACUAUAUAAAUAUAUACUAAUUAAAGGGGGGGGGGAGAAAAUCAGUUGAAGAGUGAUGUAUAUAAUUGACUUGAUAUUAUUUAGUCAGAGGAGAAAUUCAGCAGUGAAGUCCAGCGUGUAUGUUUAGCUACCUGCAAGAGUCCAUUUGGUAUUAUGAAGCCUGUAUAUGUAACAAUUUGAAAAAGAUCUCCUUUUGGCAUGGUGAUAGUUUUAAAUAACAUGCUGAUAAAUUUUUAAAGCACUAUAUUUUUAUAAAGUCAUGUUUUCUAAUUUGACAUAGAGUGGAGAUUUUAUUCGAAUUAUGUUACACAAAGGUUAAUAAAGUGCAGAGACAUGUUUAUUGGUUGGCAGGUGUGAUCGCAUCAAGUUUUUCAUGUAGGGCAAAGAUUGUGAACUGC